UCCAAUUCAUUAAACCCUUCUCUCUCUUUCGUUCACCUCUCUCUCUCUCUCUCUCUCUCUCCCUAUCUCCCCCUCUCUCCAAAAAGACAAGAAAACUAGCAGGAGAGAGAGAGAUUUGUCGGUAUCAAAGUGCUCAGAUCUCUGCUAAAAAAUGGGUGAGAAAUCUUUGAUCUACGCAUUCGUUUCACGUGGAACUGUGGUUCUUGCAGAGUACACAGAAUUCAGUGGGAAUUUCAAUUCCAUAGCAUUUCAAUGCCUCCAGAAACUCCCUUCUACCAACAACAAGUUCACUUACAACUGCGAUGCCCACACCUUCAAUUUCCUAGUUGAUAAUGGCUUUACGUACUGCGUAGUUGCAGAUGAAUCGGCAGGACGACAAGUACCUAUGGCUUUUCUUGAACGUAUUAAGGAAGACUUCAUGGCAAGAUAUGGCAAUGGAAAAGCUGCUACUGCUCCUGCCAACAGCCUUGACAAGGAAUUUGGGUAUUCUACUCUUUUAAUGAAUGACCAUUUGAAUAUGCAGUUGAAAAAUAUAUUAACUAUUUUAUUUGUUUGCAGGCCAAAACUAAAGGAACAUAUGCAAUAUUGUGUUGAUCAUCCUGAAGAGAUAAGCAAGUUUGCAAAGGUGAAAGCUCAGGUUUCAGAAGUUAAAGGGGUCAUGAUGGAAAAUAUUGAAAAGGUUUUAGAUCGAGGGGAAAAAAUUGAACUACUGGUGGAUAAGACUGAGAAUCUUCAUCAACAGGCACAAGACUUCCGAAGCAGUGGGACAAAAAUCCGGAGGAAAAUGUGGCUGCAGAAUAUGAAGAUCAAGCUUAUUGUUUUGGCAAUACUGAUUGCCUUGAUCCUCAUCAUAGUCCUUUCAGUUUGCAGAGGUUUUAACUGCGGAAAAUGAGUGCUAUCUAGGAAGGCUUUAUAUUAUUAAUGGAGCUUUUUUCGAGUUAUAUAUAUAUUGUGAUAAUACCGUGUGUAGCAACAAACAACAAUUUCUUGAUAUCUUUGUAUGUGAAUGAGAACUCUAUACUAUUGUGACAUCAUUACAAUGCUAUUAGCAGAUUUUAGUUGGA